AUGGUAUGUCAAUUUGGGGAGCAAAAUCCAUCAUUUCUUAUAAUUUAUAUUCAUCAAAAAGCAAAUGAAAAUUACUGGACCGGAGAGUUUUUCAUUGAAAUAAAGAAUGAAAAUCUGGUACUGUAUGAUGCCGAUUAUAAUAUACAAGCAACAACCUGGAAUCCAUUUUCAACCGAUGAUGCAAAUCGUAUGGUAUUUUUACAGAAAGGAUCCGGUGAUGCUAUUAAUUAUAAAUUAUCGUGUUUAUGCUUGAAAAAAUAUAUGUCUUACGUUGAAGUUUCAAGUAAUACUGGAAUUUUGCCUUGUAAUAGACGCAAAAAAAUUCGAAUUCGUGUCGAUGAUUGCACCAUACACAAUGCGACAUUGAAAUUAAUUAUCAAUGUUGAUAAAUUUGUGAGAAUAAUUCCAAAAAAAUGCGCUAUAAAAAAUGAAACAACAAACGAACAAAUAAUGAAAUCACCGUUACAUUCUUUUCCAGCAUACGCACUCCCAAAAACACUUGAAAAUUAUAUGAAAGGUAUUGGAUAUAACGAAGCAAUAAUGGGUAUAGAAUAUAAUAAAUCAAACGAAAAAUUAUCAUUUAUAAAACGAUUGAUAUCAAUGUUAAUACCAUUGAUUAUUCAUUCAACACCAUUACAUUUGAUGGAAUAUGACAACGAUAAUGUUAAAAUCAUUUGGGAAUCAAAAAAACAAAGUUUAUUUUUCUUUUUUUUUCAGAUAUCUGUUAAAAUUUUUUAUUGA